GAUCACCAUCAGCGUUCUCCUCGCUUAGGCGGGAAUAACAGUUCAUUUUUACCCCCAAAAAGUUUCAAUAAAUCCACCCCAGACCCCAGUAAUAAGUAAUAAACCGAGAUAAUUCGACUCACAGGCUCAGCAAUCGCGCAAUAAUCGCAAAAUUCACUCGUGUACUCACCCUGCCUGAUUGCCCGCCAAUACGAGUUACCGAGACAGAGCGGGAAUAUCACGUGACCAACAGCCACCAAUGGGAUAGAUGGGAUUUGAAAAUCGUGCGUGGUCUUUGUUCACGAGUCUGCCGUCAACGUAACUUCAGUUCCGUGAAGGGGGCCCUGUGUCGGUGAUCCGUUUUAUACAUGGCAUGGUAGUCUGGAGACUGGCAAUAUCCAAAUUAACGUUAUUCCCUCGUUGUAUGUGUUAAAUUUGUGAUUUUAACGGAUUAUAUCGUCAUUUUGUUGCGUCAACAAUACGUCGUUUGAAUGUUGGAUACAGAGAGUAGACACAGUACUGGGCUAGAUCAGGGACCUACUAGGGACCCUUGGCUCACAAUGGACUAUUACCUCGGUACAGACAGUCUAUCUCUACAAGAGAUGCUCGAUGUCGACAUAAAAUGUGAAAUUGAGGGUGUCAUUGGUGGACACCCUGAGUUGGGCUUCAAUUUCACGGAUUUGUCACCACUGGAGAUGGACGAUGAUCCCGUUGGAUGCCAGGGGGACAUCAACGGAUGGUUUGGCUCGACGAGUUUACUCAAUGGCAACAGCAACAGUUCACACAGCAAUUACAAUCUCGACAUCAGUGGAGGGGAUGCUGCAUCAAUAAUGGUAAAUCCAAAUUCAGUAAUGCCACAUAUCACAACGAGAUCUCCAACGCCCAACGAAACCCAAACAUCAUCAAUGAUAAAAGCAUCAUCAGCCACAACGACUGCAUCAUCGAGACGGAAUUUCCUCAUAUCAACGAAGAAUAACGCCAAGAAACAGAAGAUUGAGAUUGAGCAUCAUGAAGUAGCCAAUGACAAGUACGAGAAUGACAUAACUGAAACUGAGGACGAGGAGGAUUGUGAUGAGGAUGAGGUGGACGAGGACGAGGAAGACGAGGAGGAGGAGGAGGAGGAGGGUGAUGAUGACGAAGUCGAGGAAGGCGAAGAGGGUGAAGAAGUGGAGGAGGUUGAGGACUCGGAGGAGGAGCAUGAGAGUAAAAUUAACAUUGGCACAAUGAGAAUAAAGUGUAAACCUCAGCAACAACUCAUGAACAUAAACUCAGGAAUGAUGAAGACUUUGUCACCGCAGAGUGUUGGUAAAUCACCGACAACUCAAAAAGUUAAUUCUUUCUCGCACAUUAGAGUUGGUAAUUUUAAACUCGUUCACAGUCCUACCAGCCAGACACCCCAUCACGUCAGAAAACAGAUAUAUAAUAAUAAUACACAUCAUGUUACAACUGGUGCUGUAUCAUCGCCACCAACAUCGAAAAAGGAAUUUGACCCGUUGGACUAUGAGGAUAAACAUAUAUAUCCAAAGCCAGCAUACUCUUAUUCUUGUCUUAUCGCAAUGGCCCUUAAGAACAGUCAAACUGGAUCACUACCAGUCUCCGAAAUUUAUAAUUUCAUGUGCGAGCAUUUCCCCUACUUCAAGACGGCCCCCAACGGCUGGAAGAACUCAGUGAGACAUAAUUUGUCCCUGAACAAGUGUUUCGAGAAAAUAGAGAAGCCCGCUGGCAACGGUAAUCAGAGGAAAGGCUGCCUGUGGGCCAUAAAUCCAGCAAAAGUAGCUAAAAUGGACGAGGAAGUGCAGAAGUGGUCGAGGAAGGAUCCAUUGGCGAUAAAAAAAGCCAUGAUAUAUCCAGAUCACCUGGAGUUGCUAGAACGUGGUGAAAUGAAGUACGCAGGGAAUGGUGAGGAUCUCUCGGAGGAGACUGAGAGCUCUGGUGACGAGACAGCCGAGGAGAAUGUUGUCUACAGUGAGCCUGCCCUUGGCCAUGUUGCUGCCAACUCAGUCACCGACAGUUACGACGAAAGCAGUCAGGACUGUGACGUUGAUAUCACUGAGCAUCUCUACGAUGAUCUCGACAUUGAGGAGAAUAAAGAGGCACUGCACAUGCAACUCAACAUAUCUAAACAAAAGUCAUUCGAGUAUGAACUCAGUCCCAGUACAAUGAAGAGACAAAAAACCGUAACUGGUAUUCAGGGAAAUUAUGUCUAUCAAUCAGUAACACCGUCACGCAGGAAAACUCCCCUUCUCGUUAGAACUGCACCACCAAAUGGUGCUUUUCUCAAAAUAGAGUAAAUUGUUUAUUCUUUAUUCUCCUCGUCCUCUCUAACUCGAUAUAUAAAGAUCUCACUGGGAUAUGGAGAAGUUUAUGCAUCUGAAGUGACAAAAUAACUGAAUCACAGUUGAUGGUACUAAUGCAUAAACGAGAAUUCUCUGAAAAUUCCCACCCCUCGCCCCUCCCCCCAUAAUUUUUAAUGAUUGAAUUAUAAAUUAAUAUUUUUGUACGUACUCAGGCUGUGUAAAGAAAAUGCAAAAAUUCAUCUUUCUUUCUACUUCAAUUCGUGUAACUAUACAUUAUACAUAGAUCAGCUGUCGAUUUUUUAUAACAUCUUUGUCAUAAAAAUAACUAAAACGUAUGGUUAAUGGAAGGUAUGUCAAUACGAAGUUUUAUACGCGUUUCAUCGAGCCAAUUGGUAAUUUGCCUGUUCCAAACAUAAUGCAUUAAAUACAAGUGUUACAUUUUCUCAGGAAAUAUCAUCCCAAUCAGAGUUUAUUUGAGUUUGUGUCAAUUACACUUGUAUUCCUAUUCAACGUGGAGAGAUACAGAGAGGGCGAUGAGCUUCUAACAAGUUCGAUAAUUGUAAAAAAUUGUGAGAAAAAAAAAAGCAGAAAAAAAAUAACACAGUUCUUCCUCGUAAACAAUUAAACUGAGUCGGUUUCAGUUGUAUAUUCAUCAAGUUCACUUAAAACUUAUUGUAUGAUUAGUCUCGGCUGUCAACAUAGAUUUAUACAUUCAUGUAUCACUUGAAUCCCUCAGUAGAGUCAUCAAUCCAUGCAAAAGAAUCCGCUAUUCACUUGAAAAAAUUACGUAACUCAGUGAGAGUGUGUGAAAAUCACGAAAAUGUUGUAAUUUUGCAAAGCAGCGAAGAAAAUUUGUAAUCAUUAUUAAGUAUUUGGACAGCCCCAAAUGGCCAGACUGAUGUAUUAUAAAGUUCUUUAUACAUACCUUAUAUAUAAAAACCUAUAUACACUGAGUAUAUAAACUUGAUCGAUAAAUGUAAAUGAUUUUUGCAAUUGUAUACCUGAAAACAAUAAUUGCUAGGUUUUUUUUUCUUUUCGCAGAUUACGUAAUUAGUACAAAUAAUACUGCAUAACAGUCUAUUGAAUCUGAACUGUACAGGAUCAAUAAAUGACAAUGAGAGAAAAUAAAAACAAUCAUUUCAAUAGAGUUAAUGUUAAGUUGUGAGGAUUGAUCUGCGAUCGUUGAAUGUGUCUAUGAUUAUGGGAUGAAACUGGAUGAAGAGAGGUGAAAUAUUGAUAACCCCGUUGACGACGUUGAGUGUCUAAUUUAUGUCUUUGAGGUAGUGAAGGAGAUGGCGAAUCUAAAGGAAUAGAUUCUUUCUAGGGCAGCAAUACUUUUCAUCAGUGGGAUUUUUUACUUAAAAGAGGAAAAUGGUAUUUAUAGGCACUGCAGUAUUGCCCCCCAGAGAUGGCAAUGAUUACUGAUAUUGGGUCAUAAACGAGUAUUGUAUUACUUUGUCAAGAGCAGUAUUUCAAGCUCUCCGUGGAUUGUCUCGUUAACAAUCACCAUAAUGUAUUAUUAAUCGUAAGUUUGUACAGUAAUUGUAUAUACUUGAUAAAAAGGUAGAGCAAUGGAACUAUUUCGGUACCAUUAGUUAGUUUGUAAAAUUUUUUCAUUUAUUUCGUAAAAAAAAUAACAAAAAAAUAGAAAAAAAAACAUACCAGGAGAAUGGCAUUUAAUAGCGGUUAAUUGGUGAAUUGAGGUCUCCCUUAACUGCGUUUUGCUACGUGUAUGUCUCAUUAAUAAUAAAUAUCUCUUUGUAAUU